AAUUCUUAUUGAUUGAAAUGGAAAAAGAAAGGAACAUGAACCAUAAUCAUAAAACAAGAUAAAAGGAUUAUAAUUAAACAUUUUUUUGAAACAAUAUUAAUGGAUUAUAUUUAGGAUGAACAAACCAAUGAUUGUUAAAAAUAGAUUAAUUAUUCAUGCUUUGUAAUAAUAUAUGUUGUUUGAUUUUGUAAUUAAUACUAUAUGAAUAAAUAUCUAUGUUUUAUGUUUUAGGAAUUACUAAUUAUAUUCAUAAAAACAAUAAAUUUUGGUAUUUCACAUUUUUAUAGAGAUGAAAAAUCAUAGACUCUUCGUUUUAAUGCUUAUAUUCUCAAGGGACUGCAGUAUAAUCAUAUGGAAGAGAUUAUGAGGAUUAAAUUAAUAAACUUGAAUAAUCUGAUUAUUAAGAAUAAUAGUAUUAAAGUUAUUUCAAAAGUCUAUAUAGAAAUGUGA